AUGACAUCUAUCUAUCUAUCUAUCUAUCUAUCUAUCUAUCUAUCUAUCGUUGCUAGCUUAUUUUCUUUCUAUCUAUCUAUCUAUCUAUCUAUCUAUCUAUCUAUCUAUCUAUCUAUCUAUCUAUCUAACGUUGCCUGCUUAUUUUCUAUCUAUCUAUCUAUCUAUCUAUCUAUCUAUCUAUCUAUCUAUCUAUCUAUCUGUACUCCUAAGCAUGCAGUGUUGAUUUCUGCAUCAAUACAUUUUCUCUAUCUAUCUAUCUAUCUAUCUAUCUAUCUAUCUAUCUAUCUAUCUACUGAACAGGACCUUAAAAUGUUUCAUCGCUUAAUGUAUUUGAUAUCAUGUAUGAUUCUUAAUUUUCUACAAUUCUUUGAUUCAAUCAAUGAUUUUUCAUAUCUAUCUAUCUAUCUAUCUAUCUAUCUAUCUAUCUAUCUAUCUAUCUAUCUAUCUAACACACACCGACAUCAGUAG